AUGGAGGUACCCAAGCGUGCUAUCAAAUUCUCCGCAAACGACUCCUUUACGCCGUUUUAUCAACGCCUGUUCUCCACUCCGACCGUGACACAACCCCUCGCGAUCCUCACAGGUGCCAGCGCUGGCGCAACAGAAUCCCUCGUCGUCGUCCCCUUCGAGCUCCUCAAGAUUCGACUACAAGACAAGACCUCCGCGUCACGAUACAAUGGCCUCUUUGAUUGUCUCGUCAAAGUAGUCCGCCAAGAAGGUCCAUUGGCACUAUACAACGGCUUCGAAGCCACGUUAUGGCGACACAUUGUAUGGAACGCUGGGUACUUUGGCUGCAUCUUCCAGGUGCGGGCUCAGCUACCUGCUCCGGCGACAUCGAGCAAUCCGAGAAGGCAGAAGAUGGGGAAUGAUCUCAUUGCGGGGUUUGUGGGCGGUAUUGUAGGAACGACAUUUAACACGCCAUUAGAUGUGGUCAAGAGUCGGAUACAGAGUGUCGCUAAGACACCUGGUGUAAGGCAGAAGUACGCCUGGGCGUGGCCGAAUACACGCGAACGACCUUAUGAGUGCCCGACGUGCAAAAAGCAUUUCUCGCGCAGCGAUGUCCUAUUCCGACACUGCAAAGGCCAUGCGCAGAAUGCGAUGAACCGGAUGAAGAGCAAUGAACAACAAAACACCAAUGAUCAGCAAGAGUUCCGUCACAACUCCAUGGACGAGAACCACACGUCGCGACCAUCAGCAUCACGAAACGUAAACGGCCCGACUCCAGCACCAACGCCAUUAAUCCGCGAAGAGUCCAACUUCUCGCCCAUGUCCAGGAGAAGAGAAUCUCAGAUACCACAGAUCAACGUGAACGAUCAAUACAAUGCGCAUAUCUCUCCCCCAACUCAUGCUCGGCAAUCUUCAUCGCGGUUGCAGCCGCCGUCACCCGGUGAGGACCGUAUAGAAGCACUCAUCAACGCGGCGCAACACCUCGAACCCGGGGCCGACACACCAUGGCGAUCGCCGUCACCUAUGAUCAUUGCGCGUGCAGAACAUGCCCAGAUGUCGAAUCGAAAUCCUCAUGAAAGUAUGGGCCCACCAAUUGAUCCGGCUAUGGAGGCCCUCUCAUUCUCACCCGCCGGACAUGUCUCGAGUUUGGAUCAGUGGGCUUUCGAGCUCGUCCAAAGCAACAAUCCAGUUCCGAACCGUACUCCAGCGGAUGCUUUACAAACGUGGCUGUUUCCGCUCGAAGGUGACAUGCACACUCCCCAUGGAUCGCAUCAUCUAGGUGUGGACGGCUUUUUCGACCACGAAGCGUUUCGAGCAGUCCCAGAAAACCAGGCUAGUCCAUCCGGCAGCAGUGUUUCAAUAGCAAGCAGAGUCCCACGGGAGCGAUUUCAACGAGUCCAAAGUUGCUGGCCGUCUAGGAAUCGCAAAUCUACGCGGCUUAUGCCAGACCUAUGGCAGAACCUAGUAGCAUGCGAGUGUACCAACAUACUCUCUGAAGUCGGUUCUGGAGCUUUGGAAACUCCUAUGAGCGAAAGGGAACGGCGAAAUUCGCGUUGGGGACUGGACGAGGAGUGCAGGAGCAGACUGCAAAGCACCCUAAACAACUUACCACCAUCUGGACCGCCGAGGUCAGAAUCCUAUGGCGACACUGCAUCAUCGAGCGGCGAUGCAGCAGGAAGUCCAAGUAUCGAAGGUGUACAGUUUCCACCAGCUGAAAUCUUGGAUAUCGCUCUGGAGAUGUAUCUCUACUACUUUCAUCCUACCCUCCCGAUCAUUCAUAUUCCGACUUUCUCGGCGAAGAAUGCGCCUCGGCCAUUGCUACUUUGCAUGUGCCUCAUUGGGUUGAGUAUUCUUGGUACUGCAGGUGCAGCAAAGUUUGUCACACGCACGUUCCCAGCUGUGUUGCAACUUGCGUUGGCGGAACUACAGUCACUAUCGACAACAGAUCAUCCACCACAUGGGCAGAUGCGAAUCAUUGCCACCAGCUUGCUCGCGCUUAAUCUAGCAUCCAUCACAGGACGGAAAAGCCGUAUCGCACAAGCGGAGAAGAUGUAUGCAGAGCUUAUUGAGUUUUCGCAAAGUCAGGGCCUAUUCUCCGCCAACGAGGGCGUAAAGAUAGACCCUCUUCUGGAUGAGAUGAUCGACAUCGACUCCAAAUGGAAAGCUUGGUCAAAAGUCGAAUGCGGCAAACGCAUCAUCUUCGGUCUCAUAGAAGCAGAUUGCUGGUGGGCAGGCUACCUCUCUACGUCGCCAAUGAUUCGCCCCGAAACGGUCCAGAUCUUGCCACCCUCGGACUACUCUCUCUAUCACGUCAACAGCGCAGCGAAGUGGUUCAACCUUGUACAGCGUGGCGCAAGAAUUCACUCGCAGAAGAUAACACCAUCGUUCCAUCCGACUCCCGGAUUAAAGCUCGAUGCCUCAAGCUUCCGAUCCUUACUAACCCUACUCCUCCUGCGCAUCUACGAGAGUAACGACAGGCUUGCUCAAGUGACAGGAAAUCAAAAGCAACUGCAGCCCUGGCGCAUCUACGCCGAAGAUGCUCGUAGUCGAGACAUCCUACCCUUACUGGUGAACCUCUCCAGCUCUUCGAUCGACGCACUACGCACCGCGGACCUGAACUCCGCCGUCCUUUGGCACGCCUCUUGCAUGGUUCUCGGAGCGAACAUACGCUACUUCGAACUCGCAGCUGGACGUUCUGGACCUGAGCCUGCCGUCAACGCUCUAGAAGACAUUUCGGUAUGGUGCCAAACGCCAAGUGCGAGAAGGAGCGUACUGCACGCCGCACACAUCUACAAACUGCUCUUUGACCGUAAAGUAAGCGACAUUGUCAAUCCGCAUAGUGUGGUCGCUCUCUUUCAUGCCGCCCUCGUCCUAGGUCUAUACAUAUUCGCUCUACCCCCAACAUCCAACUGUUCUAUGGACGACUCCUGCAUUGAGCUUCUCGACCUUGUAGACUGGAUAUCCGUCGGUAGGCUUGGAUUCAUCGAUACACCGCAAUCCCCCGUGGCAUUCGGCGACACCACGCAAGUCGUGAAGUUCAUACAUCACGGUGGUAGCUUUAGCAUAACCGGCAUCGCGCUUGAAGGCGGAUAUCUCGCUGCUCGCCGUACCCUGUUGCAUUGCGCAGAUCUUAUGGAGGGUAUGGGCCGCUGGAAGAGUAGGACAUUUAGUCAGAUACUGCAUAUCAUGAGCGAUGAUUUGACCGACUACGAGGGUCAUGAUAAUGAUGAUGGGGAGGGUGAAGGUGAUGUCGGUGGGGAUGAAGGGGAGAGGAAUACUCUGUGA